AUGGAGUUUACCUUAGCGACAUCUAGUUUCAUGGGUACCAAAGUGAUCCCCGCCACUCUCUUUUGCAGACGAGCUCGAGCAGCGUCUCUCACCGUCACCGCAAGUAGCACUAAGAUUUACACGAGGCUCGACUCUUGUCUCGUAAUUCCUCCUCCCCCCAUUUUUAAGAAACCGCGUGCCAUUAUCAAGUUCUUGGGAGGCGCCUUCGUCGGAGCUGUCCCUGAACUCACCUACAGUUACCUCAAGGAGCUACUGGCUAAAGAAGGGUAUUUGAUUGUAUCUGUGCCAUACAACGUCACUUUUGAUCAUGAACAAGCUGCCAAGCAGGUUUACCAGAGGUUCAACUCCUGCUUGGACGCAAUUGUCUUAUCUGGAGUUCCAAAUGCCAAUUUGAACCCUCAAGAUCUAGCUAACCUUCCUGUUUUCUCUGUUGGUCACAGUAACGGUGCGCUGCUCCAAGUUUUGACCGGAAGUUAUUUUUCUGACAAGAUACCAAAGGUUAAUGCCAUCAUUUCAUUCAACAACAAAUCAGCCACAGAGGCAGUUCCAUAUUUUGAGCAGCUUGGUCCUCUCAUCCAGCAGAUGAUGCCAGUCGUGGAAGCUUCUCCAUUAUAUGAAAUAGCUCGAAAUGCUUCAGGUGAUGUCUUGAAAGCACUACUCGAUACCGCUGGGAAAACGAUUCUGAACAACGAUCAAGAAGCUCUUAAGUCAUUUACUAAUUUGGUGGAUCAAUUGCCCUCAGUAUUUGGUGAGGUUGGACAAGGGGUGUCGGAAUUCAGACCAUCACCACUUGAGAAUCGUACUUGCUUCAAAUGCUCCUACAGCGUUCCGCACACUUUACUGGUACAAUUCAACUCUGAUGCAAUCGACGAGACUGAUUUACUGGAAGAAACCCUGAGGCCUCGGAUAGAAUCUUUUGGUGGUACACUUGAAAAGGUUCGGCUGAACGGAAACCAUCUCACACCUUGCAUACAGGACCCCAAAUGGCAAAUUGGGUCUGUUUACACGCCAGCAGACGCUGUGGCUCAGGCGCUAAAGACAAUACCUCUGAGGGACACCCGUGUUCUUUCAAGGACAAUCGUCGAUUGGUUUACAAGGUUUGAGAAUUGA